AUCUUGAGACUUUCUGUCAUUUAAGUUCUUAAAUGUUUCACCUUCAAGUAAAUGAAACAAGACAUGCUUGAAAAAGAUCACGUGAAAUGAACAUGUAGGCUAAAGACAAGCUCCAAACAUGAACCCGAACCGUGAUACUGGGCUGAUCCAUCAAAUCAUCUGAAUUUUAAACUUAUUAAAUAGGAACGGCAACAACAAAUCCCUAAUCCAUAGAAAUCAGUGCGUCUCAAUAACAGUAGCUGGUGGUAUCUCACUUUGAGCUUGUCGAUGGCAAAAAGUCUGCUGAUCACUUAUGUCCUUUGGUCAUGUGGUGGACUUUUUGGUCUCCAUCACAUCUACCUUGGAAGAGACAAUCAUGCCUUACUAUGGAUGGUGACUUUUGGUGGAUUUGGAGUCGGGUGGAUAAGGGAAAUUUGGCGACUGCCAAAGUAUGUGCAAAAUGCAAACAUUCACCACAGUAAAAUCAAAAGAAAAAGACAUCCACAGCCAUCAAUGAGCAUCGUCCGUGUCAUUGGCCAAAUUGCAGUUGGAGUUUAUUUUGGUUUUGUUGCUCUUAUAAGUCUAUCGUCAUUAACUGGUUUCUACAUCAUGGCGUUGCCACUGGCAAUAACACUGGGUGUUCACCUUGUAGCCAGUGUUGGUGAAGAAACUUCCAACAUAAAGACAACAAUGAUGGCUUCAUUCAUCACGUCUCCUAUAUUCUAUGGAAGACCCAUUGCGACAAUACCAAUUAGUAUCGUCGCUAGUAUUACCUCUACGCAACACCGCCAAUACAAGACUCCAAGUCACACAGAAGACAACCUGAGCGUGCGACUCUACAGACUAGGUCUAGCUUGGCUGGCUUUCACAAUGCCAAUUUCUUACUGUGUGUUCCACAAUACUACAGUUACAGCUUUAUACGUCACAGACACCAUCAGCCUUAUUCUAGAUUCAGUCCAAAUAUUCCCAAUCCUUAGUGAUCUUCUCGAGUCUGCAUUCCUCCUCCCAUACCAUACUUGGAAGCUGUUUACUGGUGGGAUUAGGUUAAGUUAUGGAUACAAUUCGGAGUGGGAAAAGAUAUUUUCAUCCAUCUCUGCCAUACAGGCUGAAAGAAAAAGGUUGGCAUAUGAGGUGUUGGGAUUACAUGAGGAAGCAACUUUGGAAGAGAUCAACAAAAGUUAUAGAGAGUUGGUGAAACGCUGGCUAUAA